AUGCAUCGAUUUAUUUCGUGUUAUUCAGGAAUUUUAAGAACAUUGAUAGAAGUCAAAGACCCAAUCGUAUCUGCAAGAAAUCGCACUUUACAACUUUCAAAAACAUUCUCAUCUAUGCCUCCUAUUGCAAAAAGUAGCCAUUAUGACUAUCUUGUUAUUGGUGGAGGUAGUGGUGGUUUAGCUUCGGCCAGGCGCGCUGGUUCAUAUGGCUUUAAGGUUGGCAUAAUAGAAUCAAGUGGUCGACUAGGUGGAACUUGUGUUAACGUCGGUUGCGUUCCUAAAAAGGUCAUGUUUAAUACUGCUUCUGUCGCUGAAGCUUUACACGAUGCGCAAUUGUAUGGUUUUGAUCUAUCAUCGGUUCCAAAAUUCAAUUGGAGUAUACUUAAACAAAAACGUGAUGCAUACAUUAAACGCUUAAAUUCCAUUUAUGUUAAUAACCUUGUCAAGGAUAAUGUUGAAUACAUUAAAGGAAAGGCAAGUUUCGUAUCUAAAAAUGUGUUAAGAGUAGAACAUGAUGGACAGGUCGAGGAAAUAGAAGCGAAAAAAAUUCUAAUUGCCACUGGUGGUCGCCCUCGCUUACCAUCUGAAAUCCCUGGUUUUGAAUUGGGGAUUACGAGUGAUGGGUUCUUUGAUCUUGAAGAGCAGCCCAAGAAAGUUCUUGUCGUUGGUACAGGAUACAUUGGAGUCGAACUUGCUGGAAUAUUCAACACCUUAGGAACAAAUACAUCUUUGCUUAGCCGUUCGGAUGAAAUUUUACGUACAUUUGAUCCAAUUAUCAAAGACACGCUCCUUGAACAGUCAAAAAAAGAGGUUAGUUUUACCUCAAAGGAAACGAAUGAUACGGUAGAAGAAUUUGAUACUCUUUUGUGGGCGAUUGGAAGGGCCCCAAAUGUUGAAGCAUUAAAUUUGGAUACUAUUGGCGUUAAACUCAAUGGUAAAGGGUAUAUCAUUAGUGAUGAAUAUCAAAAUACCACUGUCGAAGAAAUAUAUGCUUUAGGUGACGUAUGUGGAGUGGCGCAGUUAACACCCGUUGCUAUUGCUGCAGGGAGACGUUUGUCUGAUCGUCUCUUUGGUCCUCCAGAGUUUAAAAACAGUAAACUUGACUAUGACAAUAUUCCAACUGUCAUAUUUCACGGCACUUGUGGAACAGUUGGCUUGACAGAACCUGAGGCAAGAAAAAAGUUUGGAGAAGAAAAUGUCAAAACUUACACUUCUAAAUUCGUAAAUAUGUAUUAUGCUAUGACUGAACACAAACCCGCAACGGCAUACAAACUUGUCGUAGUGGGUGAAGAAGAAAAGGUUGUUGGCGUUCAUCUAGUUGGAAGAGAUUCUGCUGAAAUUUUACAAGGAGUUGCGAUUGCUGUUAAACUGGGCGCUAGGAAAGCAGACUUUGAUAAUACAGUUGCGAUCCACCCUACUGCUGGAGAAGAAUUGUGUCCGCCAAAUGUUAUGGAUAAAAUUUUAAAUGAUAACUUGGACUAUUUGCAACAAAUGCUAGAUGCAUACGAUAAAAAGACUUUGGCUGCUCCACCAAUGCUGGCGAGUGAUAAAGCUUUUGAUCUUACUGAAGCCUCUCUCAGUAGCUUGUUUCUACUUGAUUCGUCUGUUUGUAAAAACUUGAUCUGUAGUUUCAAAGAAGAGAAUGUGACAUGGGAACAAUGGAAUAGUGAUGAGCUACGAGAAAAGAUAAUUCAGCAUUAUUUCGAAGAACGAAUUAAUGUUAUUGAAAUUUUAUGCUAUCUAUUUUUUUUAGCGUUAGAUCCUGAUAAGGUAUAUCACGAAUUAGCAAUAGAAAUAAUUCAGAACCAUUUUUUAGAUGAUACUUUUAAAGAUAGAAUAUUUGAUCAAUUUAAACGAAAAUCUCAACAAGAUGUACCUCCAAAUUUUUUGGAUGCAGACUUAGCAACAUUAUGGGCCACUCAGUCUGUAAAAGAGCAAAAGGUUUUAUUGGAUCUUUUGUUCCUCCGAUAUGCUGUACAGUCGCCAGAUCAGUCAUCUCAUCUGCUGUUAUUAAAGUUUCUCAACCAUUCGAUUAGUACAAGAUUUUGUCGUGAUCAACCUACUGACCGUUUCCUUGAUUCAGUUGGGAAAGAAAUCGUAUCUCAAGCCCAUGACCUUAGUCAAAUUUUGGUAAUCAUAAUCCUAUUUGUUGAAUUUAAUGUUGAUAGUAUUCUACCUUCUGCUCCUUCGCUUCUCAAACGACCUGCCUCACAACAAGAUAUUAUGGCUAUCAAUGAAGUUGCGCUAAAAAUGGGCAACGAUCAAACACAUGGAAUUUUUUUAUGGAUUUGGUCAUCAUAUUUGUCGCAUUUACAGACAUAUUUUGACGAAACGAGUUGGCCUUAUACUUAUCAGGACCUUGAGACGAUCGUGAACAGUAUAACAAGGGAAUUUGGUGUCAAAGCGUUCAAGCUUAACGUCAUUAAGUAUAUUCACCUUGUCCUCACCGGCUCAUGUUUUCGACCAGAAGAAUCAUAUGUUACCGGUUAUAAAUUAGUAUUUAAGCAUUUUUUCAUUUCUAUCUUUGAGGCUUAUGAGGUUAACCAUUUACCAGAUUAUGAAGGUCUUGUAGAAUGUUUUGCACUAGUAUUUGGAGAGUACGGCCCAUGUAAAGAAUUUUGGGAAGAGGAUUUCGACCAUCCUAAACGAAGAUCAUUAUUGGAUUUGGCAAUAGCCAGGUUUCCACAGCAAUUUGGUCCACUCAUACGAUUGCUUACUGCUUUGUCCGCCAAUUCAGAUUCAGCGAAAUACGUGUUUGAAUUUUUACAAUCGUUUUCUGUGUGUUGUUAUUUGGCAAAUGAUGGACAAAUAAAUGUUGUUGAAUCUGGUCAAUAUGUGGUAUUUUCUUGCCAACCUAUUAAAAUAUUUGAAGACGUUUACCAAAAAGCAAUCACAAUUCCGCAAGGUACAUAUGGUAACAUAGUCUCACUCACAAAUGGGAACAAGAUAAUUCGUUGGAAAUUCAAUUAUUCGGCUUGGCAUCUUUUCGGAAAUAUGUUGGAAUCUUUUCCAAUGACACAGAUUGACAAGUCAGCAUCUAUUUCACCGAUAUCAGAGGAUACUAUUAUUUCUAGAAUUAGGAAUAUCUUACAACUUUUGCAUACAAUUUUAAUAUAUGCACCAGAUUUAGUCAAACCAUUUAUUGAACAUUUAGAAUCACGCGAAGAAAUUAUCAAAUAUUAUGCAGAUUUUCCAUCAAUUAUUUUUGCUGUGAUUAAACAUAGUUUUCGUUUUUUGAAUAAAAUGAAUCAUGAUGAAAUAGAAUUAAUUGCUUGUUGUUUAAGGUGUUUGAGAGCUUUAUUACCUCACUUUGGUAAUGAAAUUUGUUCAUACCUUAAACAAUCAAGGCUUUUACCAGAGAUAGUGUCAACUGAUGGAUCUAUUAACUAUACUCAAUCAAUUGAUCAAUUGCAAUAUUUGCUAAUGGAACGUGAAUGCAUUUUUGGCAAUUACCCAGUGACACUCGCCUUUUUAGAUCUAGUAAUUCGUAUAUUGGGUAAUAUUGAGCAGGUUGAAUUGGUCCCGGAUACGGAGAGUCCUUUAGAUGUGCUACAUUCUUGUACAUAUUAUAUAUUGAACGCUAUUUUUGUUUCGUAUGAUCAUUGGCGUUACAAUAAUUCGGAGGAACAUAUUCAAAUUGGCCACAAAUGCUUGGAAGUUUUCAAUAGAAUCAUGUUGGGAUGUCCACCUGGAAAUGAAAUUCCUAAACAUACUGAUCCUAUGAUAUCUACUAAAGAAAGCCCGUUACAAAAUUCUCUACGAAAAAAUUUGUCAAAAAGUUUUUUAAAUGACGGUGGUUUAUACCAUGCACUUCCAUUAUUUUCUAUAAUUGAAAGAGGCAAAGAGCAAAGACAUUAUGUAGAGAGAGUUUCAAACUAUCAAAUGUCGCAGGAUUCAACCGAAUUACAAGAGUUGACAUUGUCAUUUCUUUUAAGGCUGUUAAAAACACGAAUAAAAAGCACUGAAGUCUCUUGGAUGGAAGUUAACUUGUUGGAAAGAUCUUCGGAAAAUUAUAAUAAUAAUAGAUUAGUUGCAACAAUUGCAUCAUUUAUCAAACGUACCGACAACUUAAACAUCUCGAUAUUAUCCUGCGAGUUGUUGACUUUACUUUUUGAGUUAGCUAUAAAAGCAUUACCAAAAUGGACAUCGUUAGGUAGCCUUCUUGGAAAUGACACCGAAUCAAAAAGCUUGAUAAAUAUUUUUAUACAUAGGCUUAAAUCAGAGGUUCAAGCCCCAACUCUUCAGGUUGCUAUCUUAAAUUUUUUCACUAUUUCGACUCACGUGCAUAUUGGGCUAGUUAUUCAGGGGUCCUAUAUUUUCUCUGAUGUACUUGACCACAAAGGUAAAGGUAAAGCUGCGGAUGCUACUACUUUUGAUUCAAUUAUUCGAAUUGUUCUCGACUUUCUACAAGAUUGGGAAAACCUUCAGCAAGAAAAACCGUUUUUAUUACUGGCUACAAUAAGAUUCCUUGAUGUAUUAUGGGAAAAUUCUCGGAACUUUGACAAAAGUAUUUUGAAAACAUUACGGGAAGAUAAUAAGUUUUGGGACAAUUUAGCUGCAAUACUUUUUGGGGACUUAAAAACAAAGAUACAAUCACAUAAAGUUUUCGAUUUAGUUCAAGAUCAUCUUAUUAGUGAUGUUAAUGAUAUGGUGGCGCAAGUAUGUUGCCAUCUUAAUAUUAAGGCUCGGGUGCUGAGAAUAUUAGCUCAUGAAAUUUAUAUUUUGACAUCAUUUAAUGGUUCGAAAGAUGCAAACGAUUUUCUCAAAGCUAUUCCUUCAGGCGGUCUGAGAACAAUUUUUGCUGAAAUUAAGGAUUCAGAUAAGCUUACAACAUGGCUUAAAGAUUUUACACGUAUCGACUAUGAUUCAACAAUUCAACGUUCACUUUAUGACAUUAGAGAACAAAGUUUUUCUUGGCUCAAAUUGCAAAGACUGACAAUUGUUUGUUGGAAUGAGGAUUAUGAUUUAAGUCAUAUUUAUGGUGACAAUUACAUGUAUGAUAUUAAUUUAGCAAGGAAAUUAUUGAGCCUUCGUAGUAAUUCACCAGAUUCUGAAGGAUUAUUGCAUGCAUUAUGUAAAGAAAAUCAUCAUUGGUCCCGGAUAGAUGCGCAAGUAGUGUUGCUUAGGUCAUGGAAAUAUCUUAUGGAAGCAGCUUCUGAUAGGUUGGCUGGUGUCUUUUGGACGUUAAAAAACAAAUCUGAUGUUUCUUGGCCGAUUUUGAAAGGUAUUGCAGAACGCAUUGAAGAAGAAACGCGUGAUGGGCAUAUCAUAAUGAUGAUGAUUCGUGAUGAUUUAGCUUCUUUGCUACUACGCUUAUUGGAACGAUUGUCGACUCCUGAGGAAUCCCCUAUUCCGGAUCACACUAUACAUUAUGCUGAAUUAAUCAAUCUAUUGCACAAUGGAAUAAUGAGCGUAAUUUUUCCUAUCCGUGAUUCCGUUUUGGAACGUUCCACACCACCGUUUCAUCGACCGCUUUUACAAUCUCUAUUAUUAUGCCUUCGCGCACUUCGCAAUACUAAUAAUCUUUUAUCACGUGAUAUGUCAAUCUUAUCAGGAUUUCAGUCUACUUGCCGUUCACUACUUACCGAAAUUAGCGCUCUACUGGAAUCGCUUAUGAGUAGGAAAGUAAAUGAUAAUGCUAUUGAUGAAGAUAUUUUGACAUUGGUCGUAAUCCUGGAAAAACUUAUACAUCCAUUAUGUAGCCCAUAUCCUACUGUCUGGCUUAAGAUUCUAGAAGAUCAUCAUAUAAUUCAAUUACUUCUCAACACAUUUACCUACUCUUUAUCUUUGCCAUGGAAAGAUCGCCCGAUAUAUACUGAUAGUGUGAUGUAUUUCCUUUUAUCGCUAGCAAAUGUUCCAGUUGCAGCGAAACAGCUGUAUCAUGAUGGAAUAAUGACAGUAUUUUGCAACAAUAGGUUGUCGCAGACUCUGCAAAAAGGGGAUGUUCAACCAAAUUCAAUAGAAGAUCGACAUCAAGUGUGGUGCUUUAUGUUGGCAGUUGUAACAAGUAUAUUAUGUACGAUUGAAAGUAAGGAAAAGGCCAAUUAUUUGAGAAACGUAUUAGGCUUUGUCAAUCUCUUCAAUAACCAAAUCGUUCAUGCAAUGACGUGUGAAUUACCAAUUAACAUGCCAUAUCUAGAGGAAAUUCAACGUACAACAAUGUUAUUUCAUCAAUUGGCGCUUCAUAUAGGAACAUCUAGCGAAAUUGAAAUUUCUCGAUAUUAUGAAGAAUCCUUAACAACACUUCUAGCCAAGAUUAAUUAUCUUUUUACUCAUCCAAAAUAUACUUCACUGAUGGUUUUACCGUUGACACCCGAUGAAAAAGAGCAAUCAACCACACUUAUUUCGGAUGGUAUAAAGUCUGCAUUUCAAAAAGCCAUGCCAAAUGUAAAUGUUACAACUCCCGGUUCUUAUGAAAUGAACAGAUUCAUGCAACGUGUUCAGCAAAAACUUUUAAUAAUUGCACGUAAUAUUUUGGCUACCUAUAUUCAUUUAGCCAAUACUAGAGAUGUUCUUACCAUGUCUAUACCGAUAUGGUCGGAGCAACGCAUAUACUUUGAACCAUUGAUAAAGGGUUCAGAUGAUGAACCUGCAACUAUUGCCACCUUAUUAGAAUUAAUGGACUAUGGUCUAACAUUACUUGAGUUAUGGGAAUUAUCCAUUAGCUCUGAUCAAAUUGAUGAUUGGCAAUUCUGGCGUGUUACUUGGAAGACAACUACAACAUUUGUUGAAAUGACCUUUGUUUUAGCAACAUCGCAACUGACAUCAAGCUUUUAUUCUGAACCACGCAAGCGAAAAGAUAUUCAGGAUUUAAUGACUGAUGUGAAAUCUCGUAUGGUCAACGUACAACGAUUAAUAAAAAAAUUAUUAGACACUGGCACACGAGUUAAAACGGAGGAACAAGAUUUAAAAUCGGUUGAAAUAGUUUUGCGUGGAUUGCAACAAUUUAUCUCUAAGGCAUUAGGUACGGUUUAA